AUGAAGCUCCUGCGCUCGGUGGGGUGCCACGUCGGGUGCCCCCCCCAGAUUCAGAGGUCCAGGCGAACAAUAAACAAAACGAGCAAUGUCUACCUAGGGAAUAAUUAUGUGAACCUCUCAACACUGCGCGAAUGGGUGAAAGGGGAAGGGGAAGAGGCCGGACUCCGUGGGCCUCACGGGAUAACCCCCAUGGGUAGCAAUGGGAAUCACGUUAUCAAUCACCCCCCGAGUGGCCUGAAAUCGAGGAAGAUGUUUCCCUCCGCUUCUCAUUCACAGGAGGGAAGCUCCACCGAGACAGAAGCGGUGAAGAACAAGGUAGAACUCCUCAUGCGAAGAAACACGCAGGGCACCAUAAACGACACAGUGUUUCAAAUUCUCUCCGUAAUUAACCAGCACCCGAAAAACAAAGACGUCUACAUAAAUAAAAAAAUUUUAAUUUCCUUCCACACACUGUUAAUAAGAAGAAAAUACCAUUUGCGCAUCUCCAAGGGAAGCAUAUGCAACGACCUUCACCCAACGAUCUUUCAUUACAUCCACCACAAUGUCAGUCUGCACUUAAAACAUUAUAACUUAAGUAACAUCAGCAAGUUGCUUCCGGGUGUAUCUAAAUACAUGCACAGGGUCAAUCCCAGUGAAAGCACUAAACAGUUAGUUCAGAAUAUUUUUUAUUUUCACUUCUUCUCCCACUUUAACUAUUUUUAUUAUCUUCGAAGAAGGGAUAGCAGUCUCGAUUCGUUUGCUGCGAACCAUGAAGGGGGUGCAUUCCCCAAGAAGAGUGGCAGCAUCUACCAAAGGGAGCAGCCUCCGGGAGGGCAAGAAAACGGGGAGCAAUUUUGCAAGAAUGGGAUUCACACUGAGGGUUACUUCCACCCCGGGGAGAAGAACCCUUCUGACAGGAGAACACUCCAGUUGGGGACACUUCCAAAUGGGAGAUUCGCCGAAUAUCCACUUAAACGUAGCCGAUGUGGUGAUCCCAGUCAGAGGGACCAAGUCACCUUUUGUCACCUCAACAGUUACGUCGUUUUUCUCAGCAACCAUCCGAUGUAUGCAUCGGAGAAGGUCCUACACAUUAUUUCGUUACUCGCGAACAAAGUUACCCAAGUAAAUGUAAGCGGCAAAUUGGCACUCUCCUUUUUGUCCUCUAGCAUGAAUAUCUUUGAUAAACAGAAGGGAGACAGGCGGAAGAUCCUCCUUUACAGAAAAGUGAACUACGACAUAUUGUACGCUAUCAUAAGAGAGUGGAACGAGCAAGUGGGGGGAGUAGCCGACAGGGGGGAGGAACUCCUUUCUGGGGAGGAACACACGAGGGAUCUACCCCAAAGUGCUCACACGAACGAAGAGAGCAGAAGCGCGCCUCCCCCCUUUGUGCCAAACUUGUGGGCCUACUCACAUAUAAUUAACAUUUUGAAAAUUUUAAAGGUCAAAAAUUUUCUCUCUUCCAAAUUUUCCUUUUCGGGGGACCCGGAACGGUGUCUAGUGCAGCUGUUCAGCGGCGCGAUGAGCCUCUUGGCCAGCUUCACUCGUGGUACCUCUCCCGACAUCAUGAGGGAAGAAUGUGUCUGUCAUUGGACCAGUGCCCUCACGCAGAACGCGCUCAACAGCAUUGCGACGAUCUACGUUAAUAUGUCAAUCUUACUGAGCGAAGUGGAAGAUUCCGACACCCUCCGUUCGUCUCUUAUGCACAUACUGAACAGCUGCUACAGUAUUGUGCACACGUACUAUCCCAUGCUGCAUGAAAAUAUGAGCAUCAAUCUUGUGAGGGGAAUAUGCUACCAGAUGAAAGCAUACUCGGACAUGCGUCCUUUCAGGAGUUGUUUCUACGAAAUGGAGGAAGUAGAGGCGGGAAAAGACCACCUCCUUUGUGGGGACUCCCACUCAAAGAAAGAAGAAGCACUGAUUGUGCCUAAACGUCUGUUACAGCUCCUUAGGGAAGUAACUAACUGUCUGCUAUUCCCAAGUAGAGAAGAGAAGAAGCUACCCACGAACAAACUCAUAAUAGUGUUGCAUUACCUGCAUAAGGUGAACAAAAUCUGUCUUCCCUUCAGCAAGAGCGACAUGCUGAAAGGGUCCAUUUUGAAACUUCUGCACGAGAUUGGGAAGCAAAUUGAAAGCGAAGAAGAAACAAAUGUGUCGAACCAUCACGUAUUAAUAUUGAUGAACGUAGAAUUGUCUGAGCGAGGUGGGAAACUAAAUGUCCCCCUUCUACACGCAUGCCUUACCCGCCUGCAGGAGGCCACUUCCCACCUCUUUGAGAACGAAGCGGAGAUCAUUUUAUUUCUUUACUUCUUGAAGAGGUUUCCCGAGGCGACCAAAAUUUGUGAUCCCUCCACCAACAGUGAACACCCCAUCCAACACGGUGACGAAACGUUCCUCUUUUCCAGAGAGGCCGCUAGCAACCGCAGUCUAGAUGAGGUGAACAAAAUGGUGACUCAAUUGGCAGACAGAGUUACUCGUGUGGUUUUCUUCCCCAGGGAAGCCACAAAAUUGAGCCUCUCAAGGGGUCCCAACUCCGCCAUUUCGCCCAACUGGUUUAACCAGACACUCCUCACAAGAGGCCCCCACAAAAUGUACCCCCUUAGAGUGUACCCCCUCAGAGUGUACUUCCUCGCAUAUGAACAUAUCUCACCAGAUUAUCCAAAUGAGGAGCCCGUAAAGGAUGCUUUACUCAACCAGUUAACGCGACUUAUGCAGCUUCAAAAGGAGAAGCUAACGGAGGAAGAUUUCUUUUCCAUUAUGUCCUCCCUACUGAAGCAUAAAAUUGUGGACCAUAAUGCUUACUUGCUAUAUGAGUCCUUUUUGCGGUCACGUGGGGGGCUCAUCCGAAUGAAGUAUGUCUCCUUGGUGUUGAAGCGUAUUCUGGAGGAAAUCUCCGGGGGGAACUUACUCAGGAUAUCCACGCGCGCAUCGCCAUCCCAAGUUGGUGCAGACUCCCCACUGAUAUCCAUCAUAACUACAUCGAGCGAUCUCAUCUUGCGUGAUAAGCAGUACCGUGAAAAUUUCCCCUUUUUCAAGGAAAUCUUACAUGUCUAUCUGGAAAAGUAUCCACGCUUUGGAGAUAUCACCCCCCAAUUUAACCUCUUCCUCUUGGCCCACUUCAACAACUUUGUGUGUAUAAUGGGACAGUUAAGUGAACAUGAGAUGGCUAGACUCGUUUACCACAUGGCUAGCUUUUACUACACAAUUAAUAAGUUUUCACACGACGGGUUCGGUGUAUUCGGAACAGAAAACAACUCAAGUUGCGACGAUAUUACAAAUAACUGGGGGGGGGAAAAAGAAGAGGUAAAAAUUGGGGGCGACUCCAUCGGCUCGUCACGCCGCCUAUUAUGUAAUUCUCCCCCUCAUAACGAUGCGAAGAGGGACAGCUCCUCCCAUGUGAACAGUCAGGGGGCCAUCACCCUCCAUUCGGGGAAAGACAAAAUGAUCAGUUACAACGAGCAGGACAUGGGCAAGAAACUGCUCCAGCAGCUUAACUGCCUCUUGGAUGCAUUAUACACUGAGGAACAGAAACUUCGGGAACGCAACGACCAAAUGAAAUUAUCACUCAGUAGCAUCAUUCAAGUGUUUACUUCUUUGAAGAAUGCCAAACUGCGACACAGCGAUUUGAUGCGUGUACUGUCGGAAAGAUGCAUCCACAUCAUCAUGUUUUCCCAACGGAGUACCAUAAAACUAGAGCUGCAGAUUCGAUUCUUUAACAGCGUAGUGUUUCUGGACUACUUAAAUGCCGUCGAUGAGGCAUUUCUCCGCUUGGCUCAUUGCCACCCAGGUUCGGUCAACAACACCUCCAUGCAACCGAGACACAUUCUCUAUGCGCACUUCCAGCAACUCCCCAGACAAGCUAUAUGCACGCCAAACAUUUCGACGUACCUUCUGAACUUCGUCUCCAUCCUGGAUUAUCUACCCUUAGACCAUCAGAGAAGAGGUACCCGGAAGGCCUCAUAUUGGCUUUGUGAACUCCUUCAAAUGUUCUUUCCUAAACAAGUUGGACGUUCCACCAGUACCUCUACAGAGGGUAGUAAAAAGGACGGACUUUACUGUCCACCCCCAAACAAUCUUGUCAAGCGAAACGUCUUUCUCCUCCUCUGCCUCCUCCACCUGGGUAACUACUCGCAUGUGAACAUUUCGACAUUCCCUCUGAAGUUCUUGCAGCAGUUUUACAGUCAUUUCAUUCAGAGAGAAUUCGCUCACCUGAGUGUGAAUUCAACAGUGCGGUCCUCCUCUACCCAUCGGAGCAUUUACAAUUUUUUGGAGACUUACCUGCGGAAGGAAUUCCCCCGCUAUGAUAUUUACAACGAGAAAGAGGUGCUCCUGUUCAAGGUUGACCUGGUCCUCCUGGUGCGGCGGCACAGUGAUGUGCCUACAUGCGUCUGCUGA